AUCCCCUUCCUCUCCCCAUUAUCUUAGGUAUAUCCUUGUAAGGCUUACCUAAUAAUUCACUUACCCAUUCUGUUCUCGGCUACGGGCUACGGGCUACGGGCUACGAGCUCCACUCUAGAGGCCAGCCAUAUUCCGAUAUUCUGUGGCUCGUUUAGCGACUUUGCGACUUAGCGACUUUGCGACUUUGCGACGACGAAACUUCCUCCCAGAUUCAAUUUCACGUCGACGGCAACCCUCUCCCAAAUGCGUCGCGUACCUGUCAGAGCCCUUCGGACGACAUUUCAAUGCACCGUCCGGGGCCUUGCUCGUACUAGUCGCCUGCGGCGUACCGUAUUUUCCCACCAUUCAAGCCAUCUUAAUGCUAGUCUUGGUGUUCGAUCCGCUGCUUCGUCCUCAGCUGCAACGUCAGCUGCAUCUACUUCACCAUCCUAUACACGCCCCAAUUAUGCGGUAAGCGAGCCCUUACGAUCCUCCAUGUAUAUCCGCCGAUUCUCCUUCGCCAUUGUCUCUAGCCUAGUUGGCUACGGCGCCUGGUAUACAUACAAGGGAGGAAAUACCCUAGAGCAGGUUGGGGCUAAAUCAUACGCGACGGCACCAACGCAGUUAACGAAUAGCGCUGCCACAACGCGGAAUGUCCUUGUAGUUGGUGCCGAUGAAUUGCACACCGGAACUUUCGUCGGCGAAGGUCCCAUAGCGAAGAACGUUGACGGUAGUGGAAGAAACGUGCUGGAGAUGCUUACUCCGGACCAAGCAACCGAGAAAUUACGCCAGAACGAGGCCUCGUUUCUAGUCAACCGCGGACAAGGCGUACUACGAUAUGACGUCGUACAAGUUGCGAGCAAUAACCCGAUCGAGGAUGAUCAUGCAGAGAAAAUCGUGGAAGUAGCUUCACGGCAAGGCGAGAACACUGAUAAUAAACCUAUUGAUGACUGGAUGUUUUGGGGUGUUUUUGAUGGCCAUGCUGGUUGGACAACUUCAGCGAAGCUACGACAAACUUUAAUCAGUUUUGUCGCACGGGAGCUGAAUACUACAUACAAGGCCGCUAGAACUCUUGGAGCAGUACCGUCGCCAGAGGCUAUUGACACCGCUAUUAAGCUUGGAUUUACGCGUUUGGAUCACGAAAUCGUGCACGAGAGCGUAGAGAAGGUGUUGAAGUCUAACUCGAAGCGAGUGGCUGCCGAACUACUUGGUCCUGCUUUGUCCGGAUCUUGCGCCCUCUUAUCAUUUUAUGAUAGUAGCACCAAGACUCUACGAGUUGCCUGUACGGGUGACUCGCGGGCUGUCUUAGGCCGUCGUAGUUCCUCUGGAAAGUGGACGGCAACGGCUCUGUCCGAAGACCAGACCGGAAGCAAUCCUAACGAGGUAGCGCGCAUGCGAAAGGCUCAUCCGGGGGAAGAUCGCGUUAUUCACAACGGUCGUGUCCUCGGUGGCCUUGAGCCAACUCGAGCUUUUGGCGAUGCUAGCUAUAAGUGGAGCAAGGAAGUUUCUGAGCGCCUCCGAGCGUCAUUCUUUGGCCGCAGCUCCUCGCCUUAUCUCAAGACCCCUCCUUACGUGACAGCCGAGCCUGUUGUCAGUACAACCAAAAUCCAACCCGAAAAGGGGGAUUUCUUAGUUAUGGCGACGGACGGGCUUUGGGAAAUGCUUACUAACGACGAGGUGGUCGGACUCGUCGGUAAGUGGAUCGAGACACAAGCGACAGAGCAGUCUUCGAAGUCUCAGCUGGGCUCUGUAUGGGCCAAACUUUUCGGCCCCGGUCGAGAUCUUCCCGUAGAAGCCGGCAAGGAGGCAGGACCUGAUGGCCAGAAGACCCCGAUUCGAUUACGACAAUGGGGCAUCUCUCCCGACGAGAAGGAGCGGUUCGUCGUAAAAGACAAGAAUGUCGCUACACAUUUAAUCCGCAAUGCUCUCGGCGGCAGAAACGAGGAGCAGGUAUGCGCGUUACUUACGUUAGUCUCGCCGUUUUCGAGAAGAUACAGGGAUGACCUAACAGUGCAGGUUGUCUUCUUCGGCGAUGGUCCGAAAACUGGUGCGGUGCUCGUUAACGAGGAGGCAUCAAGCGUUCCUCAAUCAGCGAUUAAGGCGAGGCUAUAAAUCUGUUGAGAUGUAGCUUCAUCAUGUACACCACUUUAGCGAAGUUAAAUAUUCCUGGUACAAGUAUAAUGUCGGCUUCACAAGCGUGGGAGCUGCAAGAUAUAUUCUUUCCAUGGUACGGCGUUUAAUGGAUUGCAGAGCAUACCGACUGUCCAUAUCUAGUGGCCUAAGGAUUAUGAGAAGUGGUAUGUCAAUUCUUAUUAGAUAUUGCAUCGACAUAGGUACCUUUGGGUCAAUUGCAUUUAACAUCACAAAAUUUCCAUGGCAUAUAAACCACUUCUAAGGUCUUUCGUCUCCGUGAAGGGUCCUUUUUACUAACCUAGCUGUUAACCUAAUUGCUACAUCCUAAAAUAAUAAGGGUAGAAUGUUAUAUUGGUAAAGAUUCUACUACUCCACUUUUAAGUGGUAGAAAUCUUAUAUAUGCCUUUAUUAUCAUUGCUUUUUUUUAUAC